AUGGAAACUGCAACUUAUGAAGCCAUCGUUGUGGGUGCUGGGCCCGGCGGACUAGCCACGCUUGCAACACUGCUGGAUGCUGGAGUCAGAAACAUAUUAUGGGUGGAUAGGACUUUUGGAGGCGGGAGAUUGAAUGGGCUAUACCGGGAAAUAUCAUCUAACACCAAAAUUGGUAUUUACCUAGACGCAAUCUACGCUUCCCCUCACUGCCGUUCAAUCAUUGAAUCUAGCUCCGCGCCCAAUGCAAUCACACAACUAGAGUCUAUGGACAGAGAAUCGACUUGUCAGCUCAGUUUGGCCGGUGAUAUGAUUUGCAUGCUAAGGGAUAGGCUGCUCCAAUUCCCCAAAGUUGAAAAGAAAGUAAGCAAAGUGGAACAGAUGUUUCUCGAUGAUGGAAUCUGGACAGUCUUAAUGGCUGGUGCGAAGGUCAAAGCCAAACGUGUGUUUCUCUGCACCGGUUCUCAUCCAAAGUCCGCAUCGUUACAUCAUCCAAUCAACCCCGAUCUAAUUGUACUAGAUGUGGAUGAAUGCAUGCGUCGCUCGAAGCUGCCAUCGUUGCUUCCAGAGGACUCUAAAUCGGUUGUGGGAGUCGUAGGCAACUCCCACUCUGGCAUUUUAUGCUGCUGGAACUUGUACGAGAUCUCCAAAUCUAAUAAACGCGAUUUGAAGGUCUUCAACUUCUGCAGGCGGCCUAUUACGUACGCCAAAUACACCAAUGACGGCAUAGUCUUUGAUAAUUCUGGACUUAAAGGCAAGACGGCAGAAUGGGCAAAGAAUGUCAUGGAGAAGAAUCUGGAUCAUACCAGACUCGAAGAGAUUGAUUUGAGCAAGGAUGAAGACUCGGUCUAUCGAGAAUAUCUCCCCAAAUGUACCCACAUCGUCUACGCAAUUGGCUAUGAACGGUCAUCACUGCCGAAAAUAUACGUAAACGGCCAGAGAAAAGAAAUGGAGGUUGAAUUUGACAUGUAUUCCUCUGGGUUUCACUUUCGAGACGGAGGUGGGAGAGCGUUUGGACUUUACGGUAAUGGCAUUGCCUUCCCCCAGCUGGUUACAGACCCCGAAGGGCACAUAGAAAAGGCGGUGGGUGUUGCGAAGUUUUUCAGCUUUGCGGAGAGGGUGAAGGAAAACUGGCUCCAUGUCCGGUAA